CCCACUCUUUGCUAACCUGCACACUGGGGCCGCGCACCGGAGAGGGCCAGACCGUGAUCGCUGAAUUCUAUUACACCAGGAGCCCACUUUCUGCUCUGGUGACAUUUAAGUGCAACAUUUGCAAAGCAUGUGUGGAAGAAGCAUAGCCGCCAGGGUGCUGGUUGCUCUGUGCAUCGGGACCGCAGUGCACUGCAUGCCCAAGGGGAACCACAAGAGACGAAGACAGGCACACCAGCAUCACGUCCCCUCGGUGUCCCAGGAUGGCUGCAUAGAGAACGGUCAUUUCUACAGCAUUAACGACCAGUGGGAGCGGCAAUACUUGGGCAGCACUCUGGUGUGCACUUGCAACGGAGUCGCCGGGAUUAAGUGUAUAAGCAAGCCUGAAGCUGAAGAAAGAUGCUAUGAUAAGAUCAACCAGCAAUACUACACUGUGGGAGAAACGUAUGAGAGACCCAAGGAUGGCAUGAUUUGGGAUUGUACUUGUAUCGGAUCUGGCAGGGGGAAAAUCAGCUGCACCAUUGCCAAUCGCUGUCAUGAGGACGGAGCCUCGUAUAAGAUCGGAGACACCUGGAGGAGACCUCACGAGACAGGAGGCUACAUGCUGGAAUGCGUCUGUCUGGGUAACGGCAAAGGAGAAUGGACCUGCAAGCCUGUCGCUGAGCGUUGCUAUGACAACGCUGCGGGGACAUCCUAUGUUGUCGGGGAAACGUGGGAGAAGCCCUACCAGGGAUGGAUGGUUGUGGACUGCACCUGUAUGGGAGAAGGAAGUGGCCGCAUAACAUGCACGUCCAGAAAUCGUUGUAAUGACCAGGACACUUUGAGCUCCUACCGUAUUGGCGACACGUGGACUAAGACGGACGCCAGAGGUAACCUGCUCCAGUGUCUGUGCACCGGGAACGGUCGAGGGGAGUGGAAGUGUGAGAGACAUGCCUCACUUCACACGACUGGCCUGGGCACCGGCUCUCGCGUGAUCACUAAUAUUCAGCCUGCCGUUUACCAACCUGCCCCCAUGCCUGAGCUUCCGCAAGAAGGACCCUGUCGCACCGACUCUGGACUGUCCUAUUUUGUUGGCCAGCGCUGGCUUAGGAGUCAAGGAACCAAACAGAUGAUGUGUACCUGUUUGGGCAAUGGCGUCAGCUGUGAGCAGUGGGAUGGCCCGGCUCCAGUGUAUGGGGGCAACUCGGGAGGUCAGCCUUGUGUAUUCCCCUUUGUCUACAAGGGCAAGACUUACCACGCUUGCACCUCCGACGGACGUGCUGAUGGACAGUUGUGGUGUUCCAUCUCGUCUGACUUUGAGACGGACCAAAAGUAUUCUUUCUGUACAGAAAAGAAUGUAAUCGUGGCAACGAGGGGCGGCAAUUCAAACGGCGCUCUGUGCCAAUUCCCCUACUUGUACAACGGCCGGAAUUACACCGACUGCACUGCCGACGGACGCCGAGAUGGCAUGAAGUGGUGCGGCACUACAACAGACUAUGACGGGGAACAGCGCUUUGGAUUCUGCCCCAUGGCUGCCCAUGAAGAAGUGUGCACAACCAGCGAAGGGGUCAUGUACCGCGUGGGGGACCAGUGGGACAAACGCCACGACGUUUUGGGUCACAUGAUGCGCUGUACUUGUGUGGGCAAUGGCCGAGGGGAAUGGAGCUGUGUCGCCUACUCCCAACUUAAAGACCAGUGUAUUGUGGAUACUCUGACCUAUGAGGUGAACCAGACCUUCACCAAGCAGCAUGAAGAAGGCUAUAUGAUGAACUGCACCUGUUUUGGACAGGGGCGUGGCCGCUGGAAGUGCGAUGCUAUUGACCAGUGCCAGGAGCCAGAGACAAGAGCCUUCUACCAGAUUGGCGAGUCUUGGGACAAAGUCAUCCAUGGAAUCAUGUACAAGUGCUAUUGCUAUGGUAACAGCAUCGGAGAGCUCAGCUGCGAACCCCAGCAGUCCUAUCCUGGCGGUCAGCGUCCUGUCCAGGUGAUCAUAACGGAAUCUGGCAACCAACCCAACUCCCACCCCAUUCAAUGGAACGCCCCACCCUCUGCUCACAUCGCCCAAUACAUUCUCAAAUGGAGAGUGAAAAACAGCAAUAGUGCAUGGAGGGAGGUGAUGAUCCCCGGUCAUCUGAACUCCUACACCAUUUCCGGAUUGAAACCGGGCAUCACAUACGAAGGUCAGCUGAUCAGCGUGUUGCGGUUUGGACGGCAGGAGAUCACGCGCUUUGACUUCACCACACAUUAUGGAUCAUUGGCUACAUCACAAGGCGAGACCACACAACCCCCACCUGUGGUGGACACCUCCGAGUCGGUGACGGAAAUCACCUCCAGUAGCUUCGUCAUCUCUUGGGUCUCUGCCUCCGACACGGUCUCUGGUUUUAGAGUAGAGUAUGAACUCAACGAGCAGGGACAGAGCGCUGGGGAGCCAGUGGUUCUGGACCUUCCCCGUACAGCUACAUCGGUGAACAUUAAUGAGCUGCUACCAGGGAGGAAGUACACAGUCAACGUCUACGAAGUGACUGAUGCUGGAGAGGACAACCUCAUUCUUUCCACUUCGCAAACCACCGCUCCUGAUGCCCCCGCUGAACAUGAAGUGGAGGAUAUUGGAGAAACCUCGAUUGUGAUUAGUUGGGAUAAACCACUGGCUCCCAUCACCGGCUAUCGAGUCGUCUACACGCCAUCCAUAGAAGGCGAAAGCACCGAGCUGACCCUCCCUGAUACAGCAACCUCCGUGACGCUGAGUGACCUACGGCCAGGGAAAUUGUACAAUAUUAGCAUCUACGCAGUGGAGGACAGCUUGGAGAGCGAGCCCAUUUUUGUCCAGGUCAACACUGCUGGGGAUCCACUGCCAGAGGAAGUCGCCUCCCCAACAGACCUGCAGUUUUACGAGGUAUCAGAUAAGAAAAUAGUUCUGACCUGGUCAGGGCCAGCCAGCGACGUUUCAGGUUACCGGGUCACCGUGGUCCCAAUGGACGAGUCUGGCUCUCCUCAGAGAGAGAUGACUCUACCGGUCAGCCAAAACUCUUACAUGGAAGUGACCCACCUCCAGCCCGGAACGCUGUACCGCUUCAAUGUGUACACGAUUCACAAUGGAGAGGAGAGCAUCCCGCUGAUUGGGGAGCACACCACAAAGCCAGAUGCUCCAACAGAUAUCCAUUUCGCCAACGUGACCGAGGACAGCGCUGUGAUUCUGUGGUUCGCUCCACGAGCCAAAAUUAGCGGCUACCGUCUCUUCCUCAACGUCGAGGGCUCCAACCCGAAGCAGCUACGCCUGCCGGCCCGGCUCACCCAGUACACCCUCCUCAACCUGAAACCAGAUACAGUCUACACUGCUACGCUGCACUCGGAGCAAGACAACACGCUGAGUGAAGGAGAGAGAGCCGUCUUUACCACUAACCCACCGAUGGGUAACGCUCCCCACUUCAGCACCGACGUUACUGACACCUCUAUUAUAAUCUCUUGGACUCCUGUGCCACGCGUCAGCUACAAGUUGACAGUGCGCCCCAGUCAGGGCGGAGAAGCCCCCAGAGACGUGACCUCAGAUUCGGGGAGCAUUUACGUAUCCGGUCUGACUCCCGGAGUGGAAUACACCUACAGCGUGCAACCGGUGAUUAACGGCAAAGAACAAGGAAGCCCCAUCACGCGCCGUGUCAUCACACCUCUGCCGCCUCCCACUGAGCUGCACCUGGACUCGAACUCAGGCACCGGAGAUAUUACAGUUCAGUGGAAUGGAGCAAGUACACCAGACAUCACUGGCUAUCGAGUGACAUGCGCUCCCACCAAUGGGCAGCAAGGCAACAGCGUGGAGGAAUUUGUGCAGGCUGGCGAGAACUCCUGCACCCUUGAGAACCUCAGUCCAGGAGUGGAGUACAACAUCAGCGUUUUUACCGUGAAGGAUGGCAUGGAAAGUGUUCCGAUAUCAACAACCAUCACUCCCGAGGUCCCACAGUUAACGGACCUCAGCUUCGACGACGUUAGCGACACCACGAUCAGUCUUCGCUGGUCUCCACUCAACACCACAGCCAUCACUGGUUACAGAAUCACGGUGAUGGCGGCGGGCGAGAGCGUGCCCAUCUUCCAAGAUACGGUUAUGCCCACGACCGGACAUUAUACGGUUUACGGCUUGGAACCCGGUAUCGACUAUGACAUUAGCGUGAUUACCGUGACGGAGAACGGAGAGAGCGAACCCACGACGGUCACGCAACAGACUUCUGUGCCGGCUCCCACUGAUCUGGGCUUUGGUCAGGUAGGACCGGACCUUAUGGAGGUCACAUGGGUCUCACCGCGCGUCCCCAACAGGGCAGACAUCAACAACUUCCUCAUUAGGUACCAUCCCAUUGACAACGAUGAGGAGCUGACAGAAACCAGUGUCGAGGGCACAAUGAACAAUGUUGUGUUGAGGAAUUUGCUGCCAAACACAGAGUAUCUGGUGAGCGUGGUGUGUGUUUACGAGCAGAGAGAGAGCUCGCCUCUCGUCGGUACCCACAAAACCACUCUGGAUUCUCCGGUUGCUCUGCGCUUCUCUGAGAUCUUCACCACCUCCUUCACCAUUCACUGGCUUGCCCCGCAGAGCAAAAUCACGGGCUACCGCAUUCGUUACCAGAUGACCAGCGGUGGAAGAACCAAGGACGAGAGGCUACCUCCUUCUAGAAACCACUUCACCCUGACAGGACUGGCUCCCGAUACCGAUUACCUGGUUAACGUUUACGCUGUCAGCGGGACACAGGAGAGCCUGCCGCUUAGUGGCCAUCAGAAGACCCUUUCCGAUGCUCCUACAGACCUGGAAGUUCUCGACUCCACUCCCACCAGCAUCACCAUCCGAUGGGAUUCCCCUCCCGUCACCGUGCGCUACUACAGGAUCACUCAUGGCGAAACAGGGGGCCACAGUAAUCCGAAGGAGUUCACCGUUCCGGGCUCUCAGUCCACGACGACAAUCUCCAACCUGCAGCCUGGUACCGACUACACGAUCACCGUCUAUGCGGUCACUGGCCGAGGAGACAGCCCUGCAUCCAGCACUCCCAUCUACGUCACACACAGGACAGGAGUCGACUCCCCUUCUGACAUGAAGGUGAUGGACGUUAACGACAACAGCGUCACCGUGAGGUGGAGCCCCGCUCAGGGCCCGAUCAAGGGCUACAGGGUGACCGGAGUCCCCAGAAACGGACAGGGCUCAUCUUUCACGGAAGUCGUGGCUCCGGACCAAACAGAGAUGACUUUCUCGGGCCUGAUGCCAACAGUGGAGUACACUUUUAGUGUUUAUGCUCUAGGACAAGAUGGAGAGAGUUCUCCGCUCGUGGUGAAUGCUCUCACAAAUGUAGACCGUCCCAAGGACCUGACCUUCUCGGACAUCGACUCCACUUCUUUACGGAUUAACUGGGACAGUCCCGAUGGAAUUGUUACGGCUUACCGGGUCUUGUAUUCCAGUUCUGAGGAGGGUGAAAGAGAGCUGCGCCCUUCCCCUAGAGGAGAUGCCGAGUCCGCCAUCAUCUAUGGCCUGCAACCCGGCACUGAAUACACCGUGAAGGUCAUCGCCCUGCAUGACGACACAGCCAGCACAGCAUUGGUUGGAACGCAAGCUACAGGGCUCUCGCCCCCCACCAACCUCCAGUUCUCCCAGGUUGGCCCCACUUCCUUCACCAUGCACUGGGCCGUGCCGGGUCAAGAAAACAGAAUAACGGGCCAGACGGGCCUCACGGGCUACCGUGUUGUUGUGAACCCUAAAAACAAGAGCGGACCCACCAAGGAGAUGAAUCUGGCCCCGGACACGACAAAGGCCCACGUCACUGGACUCAUGGUUGCAACGACUUAUGACGUUCAUGUGUACGCCUUGAAAAACUCCCUGACCAGUAGGCCUAUCCAAGGAGAGGUUACCACACUGGAGAAUAUCAGCCCCCCUCGUCGCGUGCGCAUCACCGACGUCAACGACUCCACCAUUACGCUGACCUGGCGCUCCAAGACGGAUGCCAUCUCGGGCUUCCUGGUUGAGGCCACUCCCACUACCUCUACCACCUUCACGCCAAUUCAGAGGACCAUCGGCGGCGACUCGCGCUCGUAUACCAUCACAGGUCUGGAGCCUGGUACCACUUAUAAGAUUAACAUCUAUACGCUGAAAGGAAAUGGCCGCAGUGCACCUCUUACACUCACCGCGUCCACAGCCAAACCGGUGGUCAACCCUCCCACCAAUAUCCAGUUCACUUCGCUGAACCCCAGCAGCAUUUCCUUCUCAUGGGAGCGAUCCCGCAGCCCGGGCGUUAGCGGCUAUUUUGUAACCUAUGAGCAGCCCGGUGGUUUGCCUCAAGAAGUCAUCCCCAGGCCUCACUCCAGCCAGACCUACGCCAUCAUCAACGGUCUGAAACCGGGAACGGAAUACGUCAUUAAGAUUGUCGCCCUGCAAAAUACUUUGAGAAGCAUCCCUCUCGUGGGCAAAGCCAGAACCCAGCCAGCUCUGAGUCAUUCUAUCCUGGUCCCCGAGCUGCCUCAGCUUCCUGUUUCUCACCGACCCACCACAGACAUAUUGGACGUCCCAGAGCCCUUCAAUGACAAGAUCUUUGACUCCAACCAUGUCCACUUGGCCGGCACAAGUGGGCAGAACCGACCAGGACAGCAGGGUCAGCACAUCUACACAGAGUAUCAGAACCUCGGUCCCAACAAUGGACUUUACGGCCCCCGAGGUGGACCCAAAGAAGGCCAAAGACCAAUUCUCAGAGAACCUCUCGUCUACAUUCCCGUGGCAGGCCCUGAUGGAAACAGAGUGCCCUUGGUUAAGGUGAGCGAAACACCUCUGCCGGGCCUUGGGUUUGGUUUCCCCGACAAUGAGACUGAAUUGCCCCAAGAAGCGCAGACCGUCACGACCAUCUCUUGGCAGCCCAUCCCGCACACCUCAGAGUAUGAGGUGUCGUGUAAUCCAAUUACACACAUGGAGGAAAGAGGCUUUCAGAUGCGUCUUCCUGGCACCUCGAACAGUGCCACUCUGAUUGGGCUGACAUCUGGAGCCUCCUAUAAUGUGGUUGUGGAAGCCAUGAGGGGCGGGGCUAAAGAGAAGGUUCUGGAGGAAGUUGUCACCGUAGGCAAUGCAGUUCCAGGUGACAUCCCCAUUUCCACCCACCGCGACGUGUGCUACGACACCUUCACGCACACAUACCACGAGGUGGGCUCGGAAUGGGAGCGCAUGUCCGAGACGGGCUUCAAGCUGUGGUGCCGCUGUCUGGGUCUGGGCAGCGGCCAUUUUAGGUGUGAUUCAUCCAAGUGGUGCCACGACAGUGGCAACAAUUACCGCAUCGGCGAGAAAUGGGAUCGCCACGCCGAGAACGGUCACAUGAUGAGCUGCACCUGCCUGGGCAACGGCAAAGGAGAAUUUAAAUGCGAACCCCAUGAUUCCACAUGUUACGAUGACGGCAAAAUGUACCGCGUUGGAAACCAGUGGCAGAAAGAAUACUUGGGAGCCAUUUGCACCUGCACCUGCUACGGCGGUCAACAGGGGUGGCGUUGCGAAAACUGCAGGAGGCCAGGGGGGCAGACCCACGUGGAUGCUGACCUGCUUCAGCCUGUCCACUCCGAUGUCUUCGAUCGCUACAGAGAAAACGCUCAACGCAAACUGAACAUCCACUGUCCAAUUGAAUGCUUGAGUCCCGAACUGCUCGCAGAUGCUCAAAGCCCCUCAAAGUAGUGAAUGGCAAAAUGAAGAACUCAGACGCCUUCCAGCAUGGCGACCACUUCAAGAAGGACACCUCCUCUUGUCACUAAAAUUAGACGUUUCUAUCACAACCGUGCCUUCACCACAUUAGCGCCUUCGGACUAUUUCCACCAAACCUUGGUGCUUAGUUUUUUUUUUUUCCAAAAAAAGAUCCAGAUGACAUUUUUGUGCCGGUUCUUCAGUCACAGCAGACAUUUUUUGCAUUGGAAUCCUUUUUGACACACAACUAUACAGACGUAGAUGAAACGCAUUCAAAGAUGACACAGUACUGUUGCACCAGGUCUUUUUCUACUAUAUUUGUAUUCGUAUCUUAAAGUCACAAAAAUGUUCCACUGAGUCCCAAAGGCUCAACGUUUAGUUUGUCUCUGUGAGUGUAUUCCAAAACUCUAUGUUGGCUUUGCAAUGAAGAAGAUAGGAAUGUCUAACCGUGGUAAAUAUUCAAGAAUGCCAAGAACCAAACUUUCUCUCAAAAAGAUACGCACUGCUACUUGUGAGAUGCGAUGAAACGCCACCCCACACCUUGCUCGUCUACAGCACACUCACUCCAUUUUCCUCCUUAUGUAAAGCUGAGUUAAAAACUCAAAAGGUGACUGACCAAAAAGGAAAAGGUUGAAUUUGUUGUUUGAAAAUGUCACCGUUAUUUUGAGCUGAGAUGUAUUUUCAUUUCUCAAUUGUUUGCUUUUCUUGUUUUGUUUUGUUUGUUUGUUUUUUUUUAAUUUAUCCCUUUUUAUUCAGGCAUUUUGUUCAAUGUUAUUUCAGGGUUGUACACUUUGUUUUUUUGUAAUGGUUGGUGCCAAACUGAACUACUGUGGAUCUUUUUAAUAAACUGACAAACACAAC